AUGGCUUCCGCAGGAAAGCCUAGCUUGGAUGACGCCCGUCGUGGGACGGGGUCACCAAAGAUGAAAGCGCGAGAAAACGCGAAGGACACGCUCUGCCGAAAUGUAACCAUCUAUGGUCGAUGCCGCUACGAAGACAAAGGCUGCGCUUUCAAUCAUGACCCACCGCUCAAGAUGAACUCCUCCAACCAACUAUUUGACAACGCCAAUAGAAAGCGUUUCAAUGUCGACUCCCCAAGUUUCACACCCUCUUUAAUACCCUCCAACGGGUCUUCCCCGACAUCCUCCAGCUCGUCUUUAAAGAAAGCUUCAACAAUAUCUCCGAAAGCCGCAAACGCUGCUCCCUUCCAACCUCGAGCUGUUUCUUCAAGAUCAAAUACCAGCACACCCGGUAGUCGCCAGGAGGCAUUGGCCCCAGAAUGGUCUGUAGCCGAAGUACAAGAAUUUGUACCACAGGGCUUUGAACCUACACACAUGCAAUCUCCUCUACACGGAAAUGGAAAUCCUGGUGUUGCCUCGGCUGGCGCCUUCGACCCUUUCGUAACAACUCCGAACCCCCUUGCUGCACCUGCAGGUGUUGGGCCUGUCCAAGCAAACCCAUUCUCUCACGACACGACCGCAACUGCGUUGGGCGGAGCCGCCUACUUCGCCAACCAGUCGGGCUUCCAGCAACCAGUUCAAUAUCACCUUUACGCUCCGAUCGGGCCUCACAGUCAAAACACAUUAGCAUAUCAGCGCAGUGUCCACGAUUUGUUUCUACAAAAUGACUUUAGGGAAGAGCUACAGAAGAAAGCAGCAGCUACACUUCAAACGCUACCUAAUACCCAAUUACCAGCUCAAGUUGAUUAUUUUCAUUCUCUUGUUCCUCUAGAUCUCAGUCAUCAGAAAAAUGCUGCAAUUUUUGGUUACCCCAGCUGGGUUUACAAAGCACAGUCGAGCAAGGACGGCAACUUUUAUGCCCUUCGACGCCUGGAAGGAUUUCGAUUGACAAACGAGAAAGCAAUCCGGUCCGUCCAAGCCUGGAAGCGAGUAUCCAGUGGUAGCAUGGUGACAGUACACGAUGCAUUUACGAGUCGAAGUUUCCAGGACAGCUCCUUGAUCUUCGUUACCGACUAUCACCCACUUUCGAAAACGCUCACAGAACAGCAUCUGGGCGGUGGGAACAGGUUUCAGGGCCGUAAUAAUACACAUGUCUCUGAACAGGUUUUAUGGGGUUACAUGACCCAGAUUGCCAACGCCCUAAAGGCGAUUCAUAGUAAUGGCCUCGCCGCAAGGAUCAUUGACCCCAGCAAGAUCCUCCUAACUGGAACCAACCGUAUUCGACUCAAUGCGUGUGCUAUCAUGGACGUCGUUCAAUUCGAUACCCAAAGAACGACUGCCGACCUUCAGCGUCAAGAUCUAGUCAAUUUUGGCCAGCUAAUCCUCACUUUGGGUUCCAAUUCGCCGGGCAUUAUGCACAACCCCGCCAAGGCGAUGGAGCAUUUCACCCGAAUGUACACCCCGCAGCUCAAGUCUACGGUGAUGUGGCUACUCGGGGCAAUGCAAAAGGAUCAAGAUCGGAAUAUUGACGUUUUCAUUACCGGCAUCUCGUCACAGUUGAUGUCGACCUUUGACUCGGCCCUUCGAAUGGACGAUCACCUCACCUCAGACCUAGGCAGGGAAUUGGAGAACGGGCGCCUUGUGCGACUUUUGACGAAACUGAACUUUAUCAACGAGCGCCCUGAGCACGAACAUGAUCGCCAGUGGUCGGAGAACGGGGAGCGAUUCUUCCUAAAAAUCUUCCGGGAUUAUGUCUUUCACCAAGUGGAUGCGUCCGGAGACCCUGUCGUUGAUCUCGGCCAUGUUCUCACUUGUCUGAAUAAAUUGGAUGCGGGAACAGACGAAAGAAUCACAUUGGUCAGCCGCGAUGAGCAGACCUGCUUCAUCGUCAGCUACAAGGAGCUCAAAAAGGCUCUCGAAUCAUCUUUUCAAUCACUCAUGAAGCCCGCCAGGAGGCUUCACUAG